AUGGCAAUCUAUAAUCCGUUCGCCAGGCACGAGUCCUAUAGCAGGAAUACCUUGGUCACUCAUCGCGUCCUGGUCCUGGUGACAUGGCUACUCGUGGUCAUCGUGGGUAUAUACUAUUCUUCGCACUCGCCGGACGAUGUGAAGCAUGGGCACAGGAUCUGGAAGCAGGGAAAUAAGCACACAACUCCAUUUACGCAGAGCGCCAUCGUUACCGGUAUCUACUGGAUCCUGCUUCUGCUGUCCCAACUGAGCUAUGUCUGGCAUCUCUUCUCCAAGGAGACGGCUCUGGUGACUGCAGCCGCCAAUGUCGCUGGACACUUCGUUCUCAACAACCUGUUCGUCUUUGCCUGGAUUCUGCUCUGGGUUCGCAACCAUUUCUGGGGUGCGGAGAUCAUUCUGAUCGCGCACUUCCUGAACCAGUCGAUUGCCUACUGGAGACACCCGGCUCUCCCGGCCUUCGUGCAUCUGCCUGCUGUCGCAGGCCCGUAUGCAUGGACGAUCACGGCGCUGUUCUGGAACGGUGCUGUCGCUGUGGGUAGCAACAGUCUCGCAGCAAGACUCGUGGCCAAUGUCUUCAUCUGGGUGAUCUUUAUCUUCGGACAGUUCCACAUCCUUGUCGCGAAGGAUUAUCUGCUGGGAUACUCUCUCAGUUUCCUAACUCUCUCCCUUGCGUUGAAGCAAUUCGCCAUCAAGGUUUUCGGAUUGCAGUGGAUCUUCGCCUUCGUCAUCUUCGGCGUGCUCCUUGUUAGCUCUCUCUACACCUCCUCGGCCGUAUACAACAACCGCACCGUUUUCUGGAGGCGCAUCGCCGAGCCCGAAGCCACCGAUCGCGAGAGAGCACCCUUGCUCAAUGAGAGCGCCUAA